UGAGAUUUCAAGAAAAAUAAGGGUGAUAAAAAUAAACACCCGAAAAAUGGGUCUCAAGGCUUCCUCUUCUCUCCUCUGUCUCACCAUCUUAUUAGGUGUUUCUUCUAUUGUAUCAGCGGUUAACAUAACCCGAGCACUCGAGAAAUACCCUGAAUUCAGCACCAUGAUCGAGCUUUUCGCCAAGACUGAGCUUACACCAAUUAUCAACAAACGUCAGACAAUUACCGUGCUGGCUCUUAGCAACGAUGCUAUCGGUUCCAUUUCUGGUAGACCCGAGGAGGAGCUCAAGAACGUUCUUAUGAAUCAUGUAGUUCUUGACUACUUUGAUGAACUCAAGCUCAAGGCACUCAAGGACAGGAGCACAUUGCUCACUACCCUUUACCAAUCUACCGGUUUGGGCCAGCAGCAAAACGGUUUCCUCAACUGCACCAAAACUAACGGAAAGAUUUACUUUGGGUCUGGUGUGAAAGGCGCUCCUCAAACCGCUGAAUACAUCACAACCGUGUUCCGCAACCCGUACAAUCUCUCUGUGAUCCAAAUCAGCAUGCCCAUUGUGGCUCCUGGACUCGGAUCUCCUGUUAACGUUCCUCCACCACCACCCAUGUCAUCACCACCGACUCCAUCUCCCAAGAAGGCUGCAACCACUCCAGCUCCUGGACCAUCUGAGGAGGAGGAUUAUGCAGAUUCUCCUCCUGGUGCAGCUCCAGAAGCCGCACCUGCAUCAGCCCCAUCAGAAGAUGGUUCUCCUGCUCCGGCUCCUGGGAAUGCUGGUAAGAAGAAAAUGGCAGCAGCUGAUGAAGUUGAACCACCUACUUCUGCUUCUAACACCGGUUUGAGUUUUGGUGCUGUUCUGGUUCUCGGGUUUUUGGUUAGUUUUGUUGGGUUCUAAAAUGAUUUAAGACAGAACAGAGUUGAGGACAGUAAACUGAAUAUGAGACUAGAUCAUGGUGAUAUGAAGUGGGUCAAUACUUAACAAUUUCUACUCACAUUACUAAAACUCAAAAUGAUUUAUCAUUAGUGAAUGAAAAUAUGAUGUUCAACAAUGUGAAACUUGUACUGAGAUAUUGUAACUUAUGUGUUUAUAUUCAUUCAUCAAUUCAACGUGUUACAUAUUCCAACAA